CACGUGAGAAUAAUUCAGUAUUACAUGCUUUAUGUGUAACAGUUAUUUCAGCUCUAGCUAUUGUGUUUAUAGCCUCCAGUAACACAAGUGUUAAGGGAAUAUAGAGGACUUAUCACAUGAGGUAGUUUGCAGGUCAAAUAUUAUUCCAUGUACAAGAGUAUUUACACAGUUACUUCAGAAGUUGUUUUUCAAGUGACUUCAGUUAAAAGUUUUACAUAUGAUCCUUUGAGACAUUGACAUCUAACAAAGUAGCUCCGUGUUAGCUAGUCUACUCCGUGUUAAAAGUGUGGAAAUAAAAUGAAUUUACUCGUGAUACUCCUGUCUUUUAGCGGAGUACUGUUGAAUGGUUUGUCGGAUGUGUUUGGUUUGGAGCCUAGCUUUGAUGUUCCUGUGGUCAAUGUUACUGUCCAGGAAGGUAAAGUUGCCGUCCUGCCAUGCUCUGUAGACAACCUCGGUGAACAUAAGGUUGCAUGGACAGAUCAGUGGUCAACAUUAUUGACAAUAGAUGACAGGCGUAUCACAGAUGAUCCAAGAAUCGGUAUAGAGAGGCCUUUUACCAAGGAUUGGAACCUCCAUAUCAGAAAGGCAGCUUACAGUGACCGGGGACAAUACACAUGCCAGAUCAACACUAACCCUGUCAUGACAAAAACCGUCAUGUUAAUUGUACUAGUUCCGUCCAAAAUUAUAAACGAGUUCUCAAGUCGUGACCAGACAGUACGGGAAGGAGAAACUGUAACUCUCGUCUGCAAUGUCACUGGCGUUCCUACACCGGAUGUCAAGUGGUACAGAUUACCAAAUGAAGGCACACAGACUAAAAAAAGGAUUGGUACGGGAGAGGUGUUGAUAAUUCAUAAUGUGUCCAGAUAUUGCGAUGGCACAUAUGAAUGUGUGGCGUAUAAUAAUGUUGAUCCGGCAGUUACUAGACAAAUUAAGAUGUUUGUAGUAUUUGCACCAGAGGUCACUUUACCAACUAAACGGAUCGGUCAGUAUCUGGGAAGGGAUACAAUUUUAGACUGUGAAAUAACGGCCUAUCCACAUGCUGUCAUGUACUGGAAGAAAGGGGAAAGUGAUGUUGACCUUUCCAACAAAGACAAGUAUCAGGUUGAACUUUACAGCGGCAAUGAAGAAAGUACACGUAAAACCUUUAGUUUGAGGGUUAGAGAUAUACAGCAAGAAGAUUUUGGCGAAUAUACAUGUUAUGCUGAAAAUAUGAUUGGAAAUGAUAAAGAAUCAAUGCUGUUAUAUGAUUAUUCUGUCCAUAAGAAGGCAAAGUCAACAACAAAGAGACCAAACCUCACAGAACCAACACCAAAAGUUAUAUCAAACAUUCCAGUAUCAGGAGGUGGCAGAAUAAAGACAGGAAAUCCAACAUGGACGGAGCGACCUGCUUGGUCAGACAAAAUGGGUAACAACAACAAUUCUUACAUAUUCUGCUAA